AUGGCUCCCGAUGGCAGUGAUCCCUGGGACCUCCGUUCGGAGACGGAAAGGCAUUGCCAAGAGGUCCAUGAGGCGGGGCUUCUUAUGGAGGAAGCUUGCGAGCUCCUCCUGCAGGCGUCUGAGGAGCACGAAAGGUCCGAAAAUUUGGGUGAGAACGAUCUGUCUCGAGGAGGAGUGUUAGCACUCCACGAGCAGUUGCUGGAGCUGAUGCAUAGAGAUGCGGCGUUCCGAAGGAGGGUCGUCUUCAUUGGAAGGAGUGGUGUCGGGAAAACCAAUCUGUUCAACAGCCUUCUCCGAGCGUCCGAGCCGGAUCUCGAAGAAUACUGCGCGCGCGUCCAAGAGAAGAUCGCGCAGUUCGGCGAGUGGGACGAGCUUGCGCUCGUCGACGCGACACCCCACGAGACGCCGCGCCUUGACACCGUCGCGGCCGCGCGCGCAGGUGCCCGGGUCGAAGUGUACUUCCCAGGAGAGGACCAGUGGCGGGAAGGGGAGGUUGUUGAUGUCAGCGAGAGUGACGAUGGCACGACGCAUUCGAUCCUCUUCAACGGAGACGAAGAGGCGUUCACUGGACUCUCGCUGCGAGAUCACGAGGUCCCUGAAGGUGGAAGCACCGAGGCGGUCUGGGCCCGGAAAGUCUGGGACCUUCGAUUCGCUGAGGAACGGCCGGAAGCAGAGCCCGGGUACGUGGGCGGAAAUUACUACCUGCUGCCAGAAGGAGACGUAUCGGACACGACUCUGGUGGGGUCUCAAAUCACCUCGGGGUCCACUGUGCGCGUGUGGAUUUAUUUCAAGAAUAUCGCAGAAGUGGCGGAGGCGAUAGGCAGUUUGGGAAAGCUGCGGAACGAGAUGAGGGCUGGCGCCGCUUCAACCAGCGGAACGGUCCCCUGCGGAAUGGACAUCGACGGAACGAUCGAAAUCGGGGAUUCGGUCGAAAAGGGAGCCCCGGAGGACGAGCACUUUUGGGACCCCUGGAUGCAGAAUGCCCUGGCGCUUAUUGGGAAGCCUCUCAACUUCCCCAUUCUAGAUCUCAAGGAAGACGACUUUGUGCUGCCCGGGCACUUUCGGAGCAGGUUAAGCGCCGCAGGAAAGGUGGAGAUCUUCUCGCCCUGCCAGAGCACGUCACCCGACGGCACACCCUACGGUGGAAGCUUGUUGAGUGAGCAUGUCAAGCGCGCGGCUCAAUUCAUCGAGUCCAGGACAGGGGAGGGUCUCCACGGCGACAGUCACAAAAAGAUCUACUGGCCCCUUGUUGAGAGAGCCGUCAUCCAGCUGCCACACCGGGUGGUGCGCUGGCACGACUUCACAGACCUCCCGGGAGUGUCCAAAGACCCCGGGCCCUUCAGCUGCGACGCACGAGAGGAGAUACGAAAGUCGGACCUCGUGAUAUUCAUGAUGGACGUCCGCAGAGAUCAGCAGGCCGCCAUGCCGCGCCUGGCUGAAACGGCGUACCUCUGCGACCGCCACGUGUCAGAUGGAGGCGAUGCUGACCAGGAGAAGCGCAUCGCGGUCGUCUGUGCGGGCGACAAGUGGUGGACCAAGCGCAACGCGAAGGUGCACAGCACCGCACGGGUGCCCAACCACGAGCAAAACACCCCAGCGGAGCGGAAGAUCCUCCUUGAAGCGGAACGGAAGUGGGCCAGCGACCGGAAGCGCGACGUCGCGGCCGCGCUGGAGGAUCUGAUGAUCUCCCGGGAGAAUCUACCCAAGCACGUGGCCGAACAGCGAGCCAACGACAUUGCUAACCGGGUUACGUUCCUGGUUAUCUACCCGGACCUGCGGCACAACCCCGAGUGCGUCAAAGACAACAUUGGGAACGUGAUAUACCAGUACCAGGCUAUCUCCGAAGAAGACUCCCGCAUGCCCCAGCUCCGCGACUUCCUCCGCAGCGGCCGCGUCCGCGCGGCGGGUACCCGCGACGCGCGCGCGCUGGUCUCUGCGGCCCGUGAGCUGCUGGGCAGGUUCGAGGAGAUGGGCGCGCGCACAUUUGCCCUCGCGCGCGCGGUUAAGCAACCCACGCAGCUCGAGCGGCUAAAAAACGCGCUCGAGCGCGCGAGCGCGCCCAGAGCGCUCAAGCUGCCGACGCUGCGCACGGACGUUUUAGAUGGCGUGGAACGGGAGCUGAGGGAGAACCGACGGGAGAGCGUCGAAGCUUGCACGCCACUAAGAUUCGGCAAAGAGCUGUCCCGGCUCGUUAUCCACUCUUCAAAGGAGCCCGGAAAGGUCCAACCGUCUCUCUUCACGGGGGACCUGCAGCAGGCGCUUUACCUAGGUCCGGCUACCCCCCUCGUGGAAACCAUGGAAUGUGACGGCGUCCGUCUCCAAGACUUAAUGAUCGCCCCGUUUCUUCUGCACCCGACCGAAUGCCUCUACCGGGCACUGGGGAUCGAAGCAGUCGGCGAUCGGGGUACAGACGCGGCCGCUGAGAAGGCGCCAAUCUGGGACUUAGUCGCGGAGUUUCUGGAGGGAUGCGCGCGCGCACUCGUGUGCGCGGGCGCCGAGGCGCUUCAGGACCUGGGGCAGGACGUGAAGACGGGAGGGCGCGAGCUUCUGGAUCAGUUGAUCCGGUGCCACGUGGACGCGAUCGUCGCGCGCCACCUGGGCGCGCUUCGCGCGAUGCGCGUCUUCGAGGUCAUCCGACGCGCGGCCGAGCAGACAAUUGCUUCCCAGACCGCGCGCCUGUGCGCCAGGGUCAAGCGGGGGAAGCAGAAGAUGUGGGGUCCUCCGAGCAGAUCUGGGCAGAAGUCGAAAAUGAUGAGCGUUGAGGAGGCGUGCCGACGCUUGGCUGAACUCGGGAUGGAAAAGGAGAUUGAGCUAUUCAUGAUGCGCCUCAAGCCCACGUUCUCCAACAUUCGCGUCGACCUCAGGAACCUUCCCCACCAGCUCGACCCGCGGGAGCUGCUAACCCUCAUCAAACCCGCGCGCCUCGCCGCGCGCGCGUCCUUGCUCGCGCGCUCCCAAUCCCUGCAAACCAGAUUCGCGCGCUUGCUCGACGUCGAGCGGGGCUCGGAAGAAGGGAAAAGAGAGCCGGAGCGAGAAGAGGGGGAUGGAAGAGAGUGGACACUGAUUGAAACCAGGGACUUGCUUGCCUGUUUAAACGGCGUGGAUAACGAGGGUUCCGCGGAAUCGGCCUUAGAAAGGGUUUUAGGGGACCCUCAUGUGCGCGAGGCGGCCGCGGGCCGCUCCUUGGCGACGGUCCUCGCGUAUGUGCGGCUAUUGGAGGGCUGCUUUGGAGCGGCGGAGCAAGGAGGACUCAGAUUUGCGGAAAAGUCCUACGAAGCAGCAGUGCGCGCGCGGGAAAAAUGUGAUUCCGGCCGAGAUGCGUUGCGGAAGGGGCUACCGGAAGAGUACGUACGAGAGGACACGGACAUCCUGCGACUGCUCAAGGCGGUCACCCAAUUCUACCAACGCUCGCGCGCAACCCCCACACUCCGCGCGCGCACGGCGGCCGACCGGGAGAUCAUCGCCGGCAUACUCAAUCGUGCGCAAGCCCGCCAAGAAGCGAAGGAGUCUCUUUGGGGCAGAAAAGCACGCCGUUCGGACCUGCCGAACACAACAAGGACGCCCAAAACCAACGUCGAACAAUCCACGGUGAAAGACGAGAAGCUUCCAGAGAAAGAGGCCGGUUCUGAGAUCGGAGAUCAAAGCGGGGCGGGAACCGAGGAAACUCCCUUGGGGAGUGGUUGCGCGGGCCAGCGGUUUGUGAAGCAGAUAUGGGAUGAUACUGAGGGGACGUUUGUCGUGAAGCGGGGGAUCAUCCUGAGAGGUCCUCUUGCCAGUGGAGCGCGCAUGGUGACCCGGCAGUCGGUUUUCGAGGUCCGGUACGACGGAGGGCAGACCGGAAAGAUCAGCCUCCGACCGGAAGAGCGGAAAAGUGGGACGUACCGGAAAGAAGAUUCGAGGCCAUUGUCCGGCAGCGCUAGGUCGGCAGAACAGCCGCCUGGAGAAGAGGACAGCGGAAAUAAAGAUGCAUGCCUGAACGGAAACGCAAACGGAAGCGGAAGAGGAUCCGGGGACGAGAGUAGCAGCGGAAACGGAAAGGAAAACGAACACGAUCGCUACGAGAACGGAAGCGGAACGGCGCCCAAGCCCUGGCAGGCGCUCGAGGUGGGCUGGUGCCUGGAGCGGCUGUGCGCGCUGUACGGCGCGUCGCCGGACGCCUUUCGAACGGCGCUCCGCGACUACGAGGCGUCCGCGCUGCCGGACGGCGUCCGAAUCGAGUACAAGCCGCGCAAGACGGGCGACCGAGUGGACAAGUACUACAUCUACGGGGACAGCCUGGUCAAGCUCCAGCAGUUCUUCGACGGGGAGCAGCCCAUGGCGCGCGGCGAGGAGCGCGGCCGCGGCUGCGGCGCGCGGCCGCACCUGACGCCGGCGCAGAAGAGUGCGGUGCUGGAGAGAAUGGAGGAGGAGGGAUGGCCGAACUACACGUCGGAGCGCCAGGAGGGACGCACUGCGGGAAAGGUAGACAGCUACUACAAGACUCCACAAGGAAAGCGCUUCCGGUCACUUGUGGAGGUGUAUGAUUACCUGGAGAAGGUUGACGAAGCCAGGGAAGAACAAGCAGCCUCCGAAGAGGAAGAGGAUCGCCCGCUAUGCCAGCUAGGAUCGGAGCGCAAGAGGUUGAAGAAGGGUUCAAAAGCCUGA